UAUCGGCAAACUCACGCUCGUGCGACGCAGAUAUAACCGAUCAGCAAGUACGCGCUCGGUUAUAUCGUCCGAGAUACGGAGGCAGGAACUUAUUUGAUUUUUCACUGACGUCGAUCACGCGCGCACUUUUACGAAAUCAACGGAUCCCAUUCGCCUUGCCGUGAUCGACGAGUAUUAAACCUGCGUGUUGGACUGAAUACUUACAACGGAACAUGAUCGUCGCGGUUCUAAUAAUCUUCCUUGUAAACGGCCUGAACAAUGCGGCCUCGAUCGCACACGUCGACUGCACCACCUACCCUGGACCGGCGGAUCUUUGUGACAGCCAAGUUUACUGUGAAGGACCUCUAUUACGUACGGUGCAGCUCGCUGGAAUUUUUAAUGACAGCAAAACCUUUGUGGAUCUUUAUCAGUUACACGAUCCAAAUGUGACCGUCGAAAACUUCAACAUUUUCAUGAAGGCUACCAGCAACUCUCCUAAUCGCACCGAGGUAGCUACGUUCGUCGCGGAAAACUUUGCUAUGCGGGAAGAACUGGAUAAUUCGACAUUGCCGGAUUGGAAGGAAAAUCCUGGUAUUUUAAAGUCCAUCAAGAAUCUUCAGUAUCGCAAAUGGGCAAAACGUUUGAACUACAUUUGGAAGACUCUGGCAAGAAAGAUAACUAAUGAUUUAGUGAUCAAUCCGCAGCGGCACAGUUUGAUCUACGUAAAUAACACUUUUGUCAUUCCCGGUGGACGAUUUAAAGAGUUUUAUUACUGGGAUAGCUACUGGAUAAUCGAGGGACUUUUGUUAUGCGACAUGCAUGUAACCGUUAAAGGAAUGAUCGAGAAUUUCCUCUCUAUAGUAGAGAGAUACGGUUUCGUACCGAAUGGUGGCAGAGUUUAUUACUUAUCGCGAAGUCAACCGCCGUUGUUAAUACCAAUGGUCGCAAAGUAUUAUGACCACACGAAAGAUCGCAAAUUUCUAAAGAAAAAUAUAGCAAUCCUUGAAAAGGAGUUUGAAUAUUGGCAAAAUAAGACAGUAGAUGUAAGAAAGAAUGGUAAAAUCUAUAAGAUGGCGCAUUAUGUAGUAAACAGCCGCGGACCUCGACCAGAAAGCUACAAGGAGGAUUAUCAGUUGGUGCAGCAAGUAUUGGAGCAGGAACGUGGAUCAAUUUACAACAACUUGAAAGCCGCAGCGGAGAGUGGCUGGGACUUCUCCUAUAGAUGGUGCAUACGGACUAACAAGAACGCCAAUCUUAGUCUCGUUAACGUCUCCACAAGUGACAUCAUACCCGUCGAUUUGAAUGCGAUAUUACAGCGGAACGCCAGGAUGCUCGCCCAUUUUCACGUUAUCCUGGGCAACGUGAAGAAAAAUUGGCAUUACGCCCAGAUUGCCUUGGAAUAUCAAGCUGCCAUUGACAACGUACUGUGGAAUGAGGAUGAGAAAAUUUGGCUCGAUUACGACAUGAAAAAUAAGCAGUCCAGGAAUAUAUUCUAUACUUCGAAUCUGUCGCCUCUGUACACCAUGAGUUACGAUUGGAAUAAGAGAAAUGAAUAUGCAUUGCAAUCCGUUUCUUAUAUUAAAAGAAACGAGAUCGACUUGUAUUUUGGUGGCACGCCAUCCUCCAUAAAUUAUACUGGCGAACAAUGGGAUUUCCCGAACGCAUGGCCACCAUUGCAAUCUUUCCUGAUUCUGGGUCUCUAUCAAACUAAAGUAAAAGAAGCGGUCGACUGGGCCAAGAUACUGGCCGACAGGUGGCUCAAAUCAAAUUACCUGGGUUACGACGAAUAUGGCAAGAUGUUCGAAAAGUAUAACGCCAUGCAUCCAGGCGAGGGUGGUGGUGGCGGCGAAUAUAACGUACAGGACGGUUUCGGAUGGACGAACGGCGUUGUCUUCGAGUUGCUCCGUCUCUUUCCGAACGCGAAACCUGUGGAUAACAUCAAAAACGACAGCAACGAUAUUGAUAGAUAAUAUACA